GAUAUAGUGUUGCGGCCAUCUUGGAUCCUAACGAUUCUUUUUUCCUUCCGCUGAAAACUUUGAAAUUAAUGUGAAAACUUUGGGAACAGUUUCCCUGUUAUGUGAAAUAAUCAUCACUUUGUAAGAAAAAAAUCGAAAUGAUCAACAACGCCUUGGGUGAUUUGGAAAAAUGUGUGGAUACAACCGGUACCCAACUUGAUUCACUGGCUCUCAAAAUAACGGAUGUUGAAAAGAAUCUGGAUGAAAACGAUAUGGAAGGCUUCGAGAAUGGCAUGAUGGAGCUGCUUGAAUCGGUGACAGAAGUGACCACUGAAUAUAAGAACCUCCGCAAAGAUCUUCAGGAAGUUCAACAAUUGCAGAAGGAGAUGACAUGUUCCCUAAGGUAUCAACUGCGCACCAUGGUGCAAACUUUUCAUGUUCUGAAAAAGAAAAUUGAGACAAACAAUAUCACUACACUGCCACCGUCUCAUUUGUCCUCGACAUCAUCAGGCAAGCCAAAUCCCCAGCUAGAUACCGGUUCCAAUAACCUGGCAAUGAAAACUCUCAAACGAGACAAAAACUAAAUCUAGCUUUUGCCAGAUGCCAUUAACUGUUUCUCUUCUCGCAUAUUCAGCAUCGACUGGUAUAGUCUUUUUAAUGUUCUUUAGUAUUCCGGAUUGGCUUGUUACGUAUUUGAUAUCAUCUGUAAAACUCAGCAUUCCUGUUUCUCCAUAUUAUAGUUGUCUAUUAUUGCUUUUUCAAAACUUCAAAACAAACGUCUGAAUAUGCAGAAACCCCGUACGGUCCGGUUUCGCAAUUUUGAAACAUGCUAGCAUUUUUAUUGAGUAAAAUCUUUAGGACAGGAAAUUCAAUAUAAAAGAAUAUCUCAAUGUUGAAACCGUAAGAAACCGGUUUAUUAUCCUUUUUUUUUGCUGUAGAUAGAUCAUUUCUGUGCUUUCGAAAUUCAAUGAGUACUAGGACAGUUUUCCUGUAAAUUUUAGUAGCUCAAAGAUGUUCCUACUAAUAUCAGAUCUUCUUUUCAAUAACUGUGUAUCGAAUUACAUUUAUUUUCUGUCGCUUUUCAAUUUUUCCAACUGAUUGAAUAAUUUUUUGUGGAAAUUGUUCAGAUUUUAUGCUGAUACCAAUAUCUAGUCAUUGAAUAUGUCAUCACUAAUACAUCACGUUAAAAACGUGGAGUGAAGUCAUGUAUCGUUAAAAUCAUUGCAUGUUUUUUUAAAGUUGAUUGAUGUUAUUCUUUUUUUUUUAUAAAAAAAAUGCCGUAUACAUGUUUUUCAAUAAUCUGCGUUUACGCCAUAAUUUAAAAAGGGAAGCUAAAUCAAAAUAAUUUGCAUUUGCAUGCACGGAUUGAUAUUGCUGCUGAUGUCAUAUGAUUUUAGUUGAGAGUCAGUCUUAAUUCUACUACUAUCUUGUCAUUAGCACUAACAUUUGAAGUGACAAGGAGGGAUGAACCAUCGUUCGGGAUGAACAUCUCUGAAAAAAACCCGGGCCUCAUUUGUUUUUUUUUUGCUUUGAUAGUUCGGAUCCAUCACUUAAUUGUAAUAGUAUUUUUGGUUCUAAAUGAGGAUGAUAUUUAUUUAAGACCUUUAAACCUCAGAGGUAAUUUGGGUCUGAUUCCAAGUACAACAGUUGAGUUAAAUUACAGUCGCAAUAAUUUGGUUUGUUUUAGGUAUUCGAUAAGUUUCGAUUCUUUUUGUUCGUUGUUGGAAAGAAUCUCGCUCAAGACUUCUUGGAUGUUGCAAGUUGUUCCGGCUUUGGUUCUAAAGAUUGAUUUAAGUGUUUCCUUGAUUAGAAAUCAGUGUUAGAAAAUACAGUAGAAAAAACAAUGUUACAAACAAGGCAAGGCAAUCUUACACAGCAAUCAUUUACUGAUUUUCAUUACAACUACAAUCAAAUUAUAAUACGUUUCUAAAACCUUAGUAUAAAAACUUGUACAUUUAUAGGUGCGUUUUUUUGAACAAUCAGAAUAGAAUUUGUAACGUCUCAAGGUUAGUUUGGUUUUCUUAGCUUCCCUAAAUUGUUCUAGCGGUUUGCAUUGUUUAAGUCUGAUGACGCCAAGCGUCUGAAUUCAAACUCCCGGUAUCGGUAGUAUAUUUUUGCUUCGAGACCCAUAUUGCUCAAAAUUUAAUUGGGUGGAAGUGAUCUAAGAGAUUUACUAAUAUGCUGGCCUAUUGGGCCUAUGAGAAAAGUAAGUUCAUUUUUCUUAUUUUAUGCUGUUCACAAGAAAAUGGAUCGAAUUGUCAAAAGUAUCCUCACAAGAUCGCUUAUUAAUCUUUGCUGCCUCCCUCAACUGUAAAUUCUUAAACUCUAGAGUUUGUUUUGAUUAGGUCGUAAGAGCCACUUGACUAGUUUUGAGAAAAUCGCCGUUGAAGUUUUUUAUCGCAUUUUAAAUUCCUGUUUUAUGAAUACUGCUCAAAAUCAUUAGGAAAUUUGAAAGUUGAAUUUCAAAUUGCAGGAGAACAUUCAAAUGUACUGGAAAAGAGUGUCAGCUCAGUGCUUACAUGUAAAGUUGUACUUACGUCCUAUUGCAUUUCUUGUUUGGUGCAAACGACAUUUUGCCAAUCUACAAUUUUUAUUCCCGAAACACAUUCCAAUCGCUCAUUACUUUGCUAGGUAAUUCAAAAUUGAUUGGAGGAGCAUUGUCCACUCAAAUAGGGCACAAACGUUUCCGCGCAAGGAGCAUCCGGAAUUGGUGCUUCAUAUAUGAUUCUAUAAGAUUCUGUUUGAGGCUUCACUAGGAAAUUUCAGGCCACUACCUGUGUCGCCGAUGACCGUUCGAAGAAUGUGAAAGAUUUCCUUUGCUACAAUUUGCUUUGUUUGUAUCUGGAAUGGAAACAGAAUACUGGCUUAUUGCACAGUCUAAAUUAAAGUGUUGUAUACUCACCCAACAACAAAUUGAGCCAUCCAUUCCGAUUAAAUACCGACUGAAAUCACUCCUGCAGGCAGUUUUCUUUGAAUUUUCUAUAUUUAACCGUAAAGUUUCAUCAAUUGCCAAAGCAUUUUUCGCGACGAUGCACAAACGACGUAAAAACCAACUCAACGAAUUAUUAUUUUGUGUCCUUUUGCAUGCACGGUAAAAAACGGCGAUGCAAAAAGUCGCAAAAACCAAUUUGCACUCGAAAAUAAAAAAGUUGUGAUACGACUUAAAUUCAAAUCAUUUUGUGAAAGUUAUUCAUUGGUCAAACGAAACCAAGUUUUUAUCAAACUCAGAACGCAUAUUUAUCAAUCAUUUGCUGCCAAUAACUCAGUUUUGUUUAUAUUGGUUCAUACGACCUAAUCAAAACAAACUCUAGAACUUUCCUUUCAACGUCAACUUAUCAAAGCUAAUUUAAAUGCUUCAAAAAAUGGUUUGGCUUUAUUUUACUUUUGAUCAGCGAGUUUUCAUUAUGUAUACCUACUUACAACAUUUUCCCAUAUUUGUUUAGCAUGUUCAGUGUCCGUAGUUGCUGACAAUUCGGCUUGUUCAUAUUAGUCAACUUGUUUGCAAGUCAACCUAUUUAGAAAUCUUUCUUCAUAUCAGAAACAGAACCACAGAUCAGUUUUCUAAUCUCUUCUUGAGACCUAUUGUUAGUUCGUCUCUCUAAAAUCAACUAGAAAAAAUCAAACAUAAAAAAGACGAAGCUUCAUUGUUGUAGCUGAAUCCUUAAAAAAUGUCUCAUCUCUAUUUAUUAGUCAUCGAUGCUGUUGUAUUCAUACUUCAUUCCUUUUACUUCCACUCCAUCGCGUAGAAAUAUUAUCAAAACAGUGAAAAAUAUAUGUCUUAACUAUAUUCUAAAUCAUUUAGGAUAAGUAAAAAAAAAAUAUUUCAGUAGUUUAUAAAUUCAUUCACAUAAUUGAAAUUUUCUCCAAGUGAUUGACAUAAUGCAUGUUAAUCGAUGUGUGAAAAUGUUAUAGCAUCAUAAACGUUCGUUCUCAUCUUAUAAUAUUUCUAUACACACUGAUUCCUCACACACACGCACAUUUAUUUAGUUAAAUAAUAACGAAAAGUCAUUGUCUUUUGACUAUUUGUUCCUAGUGUUAACAAACAAAUACAUGUCUGAAACUAUGUAUGAAAUAACGAUAAUAGUUGAACUGCGUUAGAUACAAUUUCAUACGCCUUAAAUUGGUAUGAAAUCGGAAUUAUCAUACCUUUAAAACAAAUUUAUCGCAUUAAUCAAUAGUUGUUAUAAAAUAGUUAAAAGCACUAUAAUCUAAAUCAGUAUAGUCAUUGAAUUAAAAAAUACAGCUCUUUGCAACUUCAACAAAAUUUCAUUAAAGUGACCGUUAACAGAAGAUCUUUUUUUGAAAGUUUUCUUUUUGUCUUUGUACCUGAUAUUUCUAUACUUACCUUUUCUAUGCGAAAUAUUUUUCGUAGCAUCAGUUCCUUCAAUUAAGACUAAGUGUAAAGUAUAACAAGAUGUAUAACGCAAACGAUAUUGAUGUUGGAUACUAGCAAUAAAUGUUUCUCCUACGUUAGGAAGAUUUAGCGUACCUUUUUGCACCAGAAAAUAUCAUCACAUGCUAAUAUAGGUCGAAUAUAUUUUGUGACUUUAAAAAUAGCGAUUAGUCGCUCGAAUUUGGUUUAUGAAAAAAUUAUAAACCGUUUUAUCUAAAA